GGCUGGCCGGUGUGUGGGAAAUGAGAAGACUCUGCCCUAUUCCGUCCCCUGGGGGGACAAGGAGCUCUCACCUUCUCCCCACCCCUUGAAGCCUCCUUGCUCUGAGCAGGGUGCGGGUGGGAUUCUGCUUCUCUGGGCCUCCUCCCCCAUGACUAGUGGGAUUGUGGCUGGGGCAGCAGGCGCUGAGUGGGGGAACUGAUGUUUCAGAUGCCGGUGACCUUCGAGGAUGUGGCUGUGUAUUUCACCGAGCGACAGGGGGCUCUGCUGGACCCCGGUCAGAGAGCUCUCUACAGGGACGUCAUGCAGGAGAACCAUGAGACAGUGACCUCGCUGGGAUUUCCCAUUCCCAAACCCGACGUGAUCGCCCAGCUGGAAAGAGGGGAAGAGCCGUGGGUCCCGGAUCUCCAGGCCUCGGAGGAAAUUGUGAGCCCGAGAGACACCUGCACAGGUGAUAGGACAGUGAGUGAGACCAAGGAGGAGACUCAUCAGCAGGAAGGUCCUGAGCAAGUGGAAUUGCAGGAGAGGUUUUUGAGAAGACCUGAAGAGAAUUUUUCCGAGUGCUUGGAGCAGGGAAAUGCCUGGGGAGAUCGACACGGAUCAGAGAUGCAGCUGGGAAACUAUCCCAGGAAGAAACUGGAUGAAUCCACUAAAUGUGGCGGAGGAUGUAAGGAUCCCAAGGAAACCACAGUCCAGCAGAGAAGUCACAAUGAAGAGAAACCCUACAAAUGCCUUGACUGUGGGAAACGAUUCCAUUUCAGUACAAUCCUUCUUACACAUUGGAGAACCCACACAGGAGAGAAACCCUAUAAAUGCCUUGAGUGUGGGAAAAGAUUUAAUUGGAGGUCACAGCUUAUGUCACAUCACAGAACCCACACAGGAGAGAAGCCCUAUAAAUGCUUAGACUGUGGGAAAAGCUUCAGUAGGAAGCUAGUUCUUAUUGUACACCAGAGACUGCACACAGGAGAGAAACCCUAUAAAUGCCUUGUGUGUGGGAAAAGUUUUAGGCAGUGGGCACUGCUUAUGUCACAUCAGAGAACAAUCUCAGGAGAGAAGCCUUAUAAAUGCUUAGACUGUGGGAAAACCUUCAUUCACAAGUCAAACCUUAUUAUACACCAGAGAGUACACACAGGAGAGAGACCCUUUAAAUGCCACGAGUGUGGGAAAACUCUCAGUUACCUCUCAAAUCUUAUUAAACAUGGGAAAAUCCACAUCAGAGAGAUGCAUUAUAAAUGCCUUGACUGUGGGAAAAGUUUCACUGACAGAAUAAAACUUACUAGACAUCAGAGAAUCCAUACAGGAGAGAGACCCCAUAAAUGCUUCGACUGUGGGAAAAGCUUCAUCGACAGAAUAAAAUUUACUAGUCAUCAAAGAAUGCAUACAGGAGAGAGACCCUAUAAAUGCUUUGACUGUGGGAAAAGCUUCAUCGAUAGAAUAAAAUUUACUAGUCAUCAAAGAAUGCAUACAGGAGAGAGACCCUAUAAAUGCUUUGACUGUGGGAAAAGCUUCAUCGAUAGGACCCAGGAGCACCUGGGAGGCGGCUCUGGGGGGAGCGAUCGCUGCGGUCAGUCCCGGCAGCAGGAAGUGACUCGCAGCCGCUGCGGUGACUCUGGCUUCCCUCGCUGGGAGGGAAGGCUGUGGAAUUACAUCCACGUUUCACUCCAGAUCCUCCCGUCUUCCAGGGAACAGGGAAGGGAACUGGCUGUGAUGGAGCCAGCUCAGAUGCCGGUGACCUUCGAGGAGGUGGCUGUGUAUUUCACCGAGGGAUAGGGGGCUCUGCUGGACCCCGGUCAGAGAGCUCUCUACAGGGACGUCAUGCAGGAGAACCAUGAGGCAGUGACCUCGCUGGGUAAGGGAUUCCUGGGCCCUCAGCUAUUGGAAGCCGUGGGGUCUGCGUGUCUGAAUCUGGUCAGGUUCUUCCCUGGUCAGUCAGAUUGGAGGAGGAGGGUUGCAUAGUCCACAGCUCCGGUGUGCAUAGGCAUCGACUCCGUGGGUGCUCCCGGGCUGGAGCACCCAUGGGGAAAAAUUAGUGGGUGCUCUGCACCCUACGGCAGCGAAGCUCCCCUGCGCUACCUCCUCCUCUCCCCCAAGCGCACUGCAUCCCCACUCCUCCGCCUAUCUCACAACGU